GAGGAACCGCCUAGAAAUUUGCAGAUCCCCGGUUUCCAUUGCCUUGUUUCUACUGGAGUCUCCUAGUGCCUCACCGUCCACCGUAAAUAAUUGCUAGAGAGUGUGUUCCCCUUCGCUCCUGAAAAGGCCGCCAUGCGGAACCCAACCCUUUAUCUCGUCUCCCUCAUAUUCACACUCCUCGUUUGGUUCACCAAUGCGGAACACUCGAAAACCGCUCAGGGGCAUUUGGACGACGCAAAGGCCCACAUGUCGGCGGGCCGAUACAAUGAGGCGUUGGACAGCUUUGAUGCAGCCAUAACUCAAGACCCUGACAAUUAUCUGACGUAUUUUCGACGGGCAGCAGUGUUUUUGACCUUGGGAAGAGCGGGAACGGCUCUGCGCGACUUCACAAAAGUAUUGCAAAUGAAGCCGGACCAUCAUCCUGCCCUCCUGCAAAGAAGCAAACUGCACAUUAGGCAGGGUGCUUUGGAGGAUGCUCUAAUAGAUUUGGACAAGUACCAUACUAUCAGCCCGGAAGAUGCUGAAGUCGCCCAACUUCAGGCUGACAUCCACCACGCACAGUCCAACAUUAAGGACGCAGAAGCGGCGAUUAAAGCGGCACAAUGGGACACAGCCAUUUCGCACCUUACCGAAGCCCUCAUGAUAGUUUCACAUACUACCGACCUCCGGCUAAAGCGUGCCGAGUGUUUUCUGAAGACGGGAGACAAGGAGAUGGCUAUUGCGGAUUUGACGCGUGUGACGAAAUUAGAUCCUGAUAAUACGGAUACAUAUGUCCGAUUAUCUUCUCUGCACCUUUCGUUGGGUGAAAUCGAGGCUGCUCUGACCAAUGUCAAGGACUGCUUACGACUCGACCCUGACCAUAAGUCCUGCAAAAGAACGUUUAGAGAGAUCAAGAAGUUGGAUAAAGCCCUUAAGAGCGCCCAAGAUGCUGUAGCAAAUGGCGCUUGGAAGAGUGUGGUUACAAAACUGACAAGUGGGGAUGCAAAAUCUUCAGUCGUUGGUCAAGUCGAGAAACUGGGGGCGAGCGCCAAGAAGCGUGUAUACAAUAUGAUGUGUAAAUCCUAUGCGGAAAUGAAGGACGGCAAGAAUUCAUUGACCUGGUGUUCAAAGGUUUUGGAUGUCGACGGCGAUGAUGUCGAUGCUUUGAUAUACAGAGCGGAGGCAAAGAUUUUGUUGGAAGACUAUGAAGAUGCAAUGCGAGACUAUCAAAAAGCCUCCCAAAUUUCCCCGCAUGAUCCUCGUAUUCAAUCUGGCUUCACUAAAGCCCAAAAGCUCCACAAACAAAGCACAUCAAAAGACUAUUAUAAAGUCCUCGGUAUACCCCGCUCAGCCACGAAAAAAGAAAUCAAAAAGGCGUAUCGUAAAAUGGCGCAGGAGUGGCAUCCGGACAAGUAUUCUGGUGAUCUGCCAAAGGACAAGGUCGAAAAGCGGAUGAGUGAGAUCAAUGAGGCAUAUGAGGUGCUGAGUGAUGAUGAAUUGAGGAAACGGUUCGAUAUGGGUGAUGAUCCAAAUGACCCGGGAUCUCACGGCGGAGGCAAUCCCUUCCCCGGGGGGCACCCCUUCUUCCAGCAAGGAGGGUUUCCAUUCGGAUUCCAACAAGGCGGCCAAGGAUCGGGAUUCCAAUUUAAGUUCCAUUUUACGUAGAAUUUACAAGAAUUUAGAUGGUUUUGACGCAUUUUUGAUACAUGUUCUGUGGAACUAACGUCUGCUGUAAAUAUUAAUGAUCCUCUUGCGUUUGUCUGUUUGAUUGCCGUGGGACACAUG